UAGGAAUUCGGUGAGCUUCCUGGGGGAGAUUCCAGCAAGAAAGUGGUUUGAUAUCUACGAAGUACUUUGUUCUAUAUAUAUAUGGCUGCUUCUAGAUCUAGAGCCCAAGGAGCCUCCUCUUCUUCGUCUCCAUGUGGAUAUCAUGUGUUCUUGAGUUUCAGAGGUGAAGAUACUCGCAAGAGAUUUGCCGAUUACCUUUACAAAGCUUUAGUGAAUGCAGGUUUUCGCACGUUCAGAGAUGAAGACCACGCAGAAAGAGGAGAACCUAUUGGUUCAGAACUGAAAAAAGCAAUCCAACGGUCAAGGAGUUCAGUAAUUGUCUUCUCCAAAGACUAUGCUUCUUCCACAUGGUGCCUUGAUGAGCUAGUGAUGAUCCUCAAUCGUAGACGGAUCUCAUCACAUUUUGUUCUCCCUGUCUUCUAUGAUGUGGAUCCAACCCAUGUUAGAAAACAAACAGGAAGUUUUGCAGAAGCAUUUGAUGGAUACCAUAAGAGAAUCGAGGAAGAAAAGGAUGAAAAAAAGAAGAAGGAGUGGAUGAAGAAGGUCAAAGAAUGGACGGAAGCACUUCAAAAAGUUGCAGAACUGGGAGGGAAGGUCUUAAUAAACGAAGCAGAUGGCGUAUGGGAAGAGAAAUUAUUCGUCAGUUGUCACCUGAGAAGCUUGGCAAGCGUAGUAGACUGUGGAAUCAAAGGGAUUCCUUCAAAGUAUUGAAAGAAAAAAUUGGCACUGAAACAAUCAGAGGACUUGCUCUCAAUAUGAAUAUGCUUGCGGAAGAUAUGCAUACCAUGGAAAUUUCUAAUUUCAACAAUCGGUACGAUGGGAGCUUUGAAACCAAUGCAUUCCGAUGUAUGCAUGAAUUGAGACUACUAGAGAUCAACAAUGUACGACUUGCUGGAGGCUAUAAAGAAUUUCCAAACAACAUAAGAUGGCUGUGUUGGCACAGAUUUUCGUUGAAAUCUUUCCCAAAUGAUUUUCCUAUGGAUAAUCUGGUUGCCAUUGACAUGAGUAAUAGUAGCUUAGAACAGUUAUGGAAGGGAGCCAAGUGUAUUGGGUCAUUAAAAAUUCUUGACCUUCGACAUUGUCAUGGCCUUAAAAAAACUCCAAUGUUUUCUAGGCUCCCAAGUCUUGAGAGAUUGAUCCUAAAAGGUUGUGUAAAUUUGGUUGAAGUUCAUGAAUCAAUUGG